UUCAGUCUCCGAUCAGUACACUCUGGACGAUCCAUCGCGUUAGAUCGAAAGCCGUUUUCGUGCGGUGUGUGAUUUUGUUGUAUGUGGUUUGGAAUAAGAAAAUAAGAAAAAAGCGGAUAAAGAAAAACGGCCCAAAAAUCGCGAGUCGAAAUCGAAUUUUUUAUUAUUAAGAGUGAAGGUGUGUAACGAAUUAAGUGUGAACAAUAGGGGCUUUAUGGUUUAGCCCCAAAUAGAAAUUCUUCAUUGGAAUAAUAUCUGUGUAAAAGGCCUUUCAUAGGCCUGGGGAGCCAUGCGCACCCCAUUCAAACGAUUGACGGCAGUCGCUAUAUUAUUACUAUGUACAAUAGAAGCUAGAGCGCAAUUUUGGAAUGACGCGAACAGUGGUGGUGUAGGAUUAUUUAACCGACCGGACAAUUACAGAGACACCGAGGAAAACAAUUUUAAAGUAGACAGUUCGUACGAUAUAAUCGACUCAAAUAGCGCAAGACGUAGCGGUGAGCCACAAAGAAACUGCAGUGGAUCGAAUUGGUGCAUUCCGAAAUGUUUUGCUGAAAAAGGAAGUCGAGGUCUACCUGGUUUAACUGGUUUAACAGGUCAAAAGGGUGUACAAGGCUUCCCUGGCGGAGAAGGAUUGCCUGGUCCGAAAGGAAGCAAAGGUGAACCCGGAUUAGUCGGACCAAGAGGUUAUAAGGGAGACAUUGGUCAAAUCGGCAAACCAGGCUUUCCAGGAGUUGCUGGAGUUCCUGGACAUCAAGGAAAUACUGGGCCUCCGGGUAUUGCUGGUGUCGAUGGAUGUAAUGGAACUGAUGGAAAUCCUGGUGUUUCUGGUUUCGAUGGAAAUCCUGGACCCCGCGGUCUUCCUGGAGCGUUAGGUGAAAAGGGAGAAAAGGGUGAACCUGCUCGAUUACCCGAUAAUUAUCUAAAGGGACAAAAAGGUGAACCAGGUUUCGAGGGAAGACCUGGAGAACGUGGUCAGCCGGGACAAAGUGGACCUAGAGGACCAACUGGUAAUGAAGGCAGGCCUGGUGUUCCCGGACUUCGUGGUGAAACUGGAGUCAAAGGUGAAAAGGGUGUCUCUUGUGUAUUUGUUUCGGGACCUCCUGGUGAGCCUGGUGAUAAAGGUGACAAAGGCGAUAAAGGAACAUCAAAUAUUGGGUAUGCAACAACCAGUCCCACAAACAAUGCCGGCCCACGAGGCGAUAGAGGUGAACACGGCGAGAAAGGUGAUAUGGGACCGAAGGGUGAUAGUGGAUACAUUGGACAAAAGGGUCAAUAUGGUGACAUAGGACCUAAAGGUGAAAAAGGAUUGUCUGGACCACCUGGCCCUAGAGGUCGUGAUGGAAACUACGGACCUAUUGGACCUUCGGGACAAAAAGGUGAUCGCGGUGUCGAAGGAUUACGUGGUCUCGACGGAAAGCCAGGUCUAAAGGGUGAACCCGGUCAGCCCGGCAGAUAUGGUGCACAAGGUUUACAAGGACCUCCUGGACCACCAGGUGGUGGGCAUGGAACACCUGGACCAGCUGGACCUAAAGGACCGAGAGGUUUUCGUGGACCGCCAGGACCGAAAGGAUUAGAUGGCUUUAAUGGAGAUGUUGGACCUCGAGGGCCUGUUGGUAUGAAAGGAGGACAAGGUAUUCCUGGAAAGCCUGGUCCAGAAGGUCUGUCUGGUGAAAAAGGACAAAAAGGAGCGUACGGACAAAUCGGUUUGCCAGGUCCAAUGGGUCCAAGAGGUUUGGUUGGACAGACAGGACCUGAAGGACCACGAGGUGACACAGGACUUCCAGGAAUCGGUUUACCGGGUCCACGUGGUGACGAUGGCAUGCCUGGAUUACCAGGAAUGAAAGGACAAAAAGGAGAACGAGGAUUCAAAGGUGUUAUUGGUGUUCCUGGCGAUUCAAGAGAUGGAAGACCAGGUAUGCCAGGUAGACCUGGUCCAGUUGGUGAAAGAGGAGAAGCAGGUCGUCCAGGAUUGCCAGGAAUGAAGGGAGACAUUGGUGAGAAGGGUGACAUUGGCGGUCGCUGUUCCGAUUGCAGACCAGGUAUUAAAGGUGACAAGGGUGAUGCUGGUUUAGAUGGUCUACACGGUGCAAUGGGACCUCCAGGAAUUCCAGGUGAACGAGGUUAUCCUGGAGAAACAGGUGCUGAUGGUUUGAAUGGUUUGCCGGGUCCAGUUGGUGAACCUGGCAAAGAUGGCGUGCCUGGAAGACCUGGUCUUGAAGGACCGAGAGGUGAAAGUGCAUUUAUUGCUUUGGAUCAAAUAGAAGCAAUCAAAGGCGAUAAGGGAGAACGUGGUGAAACUGGAAGAAUCGGCCCGAAAGGAGAUGAAGGACAGCGCGGAGCACCAGGUUUCGAUGGACCAAAAGGAACGACAGGAUUAAAGGGUGACGCAGGAAGGCCAGGACAACCAGGAAUUGACGGUGCACCUGGAAGACCCGGAUUAGAUGGAUUCCCUGGACAGAAAGGUUUAAGCAUUAAAGGUGAACCUGGUGUUCCUGGACGAGAUGGUGAUCGAGGACAGAAGGGUGAAUCUGGAUUUGAAGGCCAAAAAGGUGAACAAGGUCAGUGCCCACCAACGAAUAUAGCAGCUGGAUUCAAAGGCAGCAAAGGUGAUCAAGGCCAAAAAGGAGAUCAGGGACCGCAAGGUUACACUGGAAGUCCUGGUGAGAAAGGUUUACAAGGAUUGGUUGGAGAGAAAGGACAGACUGGGCCUGUUGGACCUGCUGGACCAGUUGGCCCUAGAGGAUUGCCGGGACCGAGAGGAGAGAAAGGAAAUCAAGGUCCGAUGGGCUUUGUGGGCAAUCCUGGCAAAAAUGGACUACGAGGUGUUCCUGGAAGACCCGGCGCACCAGGCAUUAAAGGAGAACAAGGAAUUUCAAUGGUUGGACCUACUGGACCGAAAGGUAACACUGGAUUCCCUGGCCUAAAAGGUGACCGAGGUGCAACUGGUGAAAGAGGUCUUGACGGUUUACCUGGUGCUGUCGGUUAUCCUGGAGAAAAAGGUGAUACAGGAUUUGCUGGUAAUCCCGGCCAGCCUGGUUUGCAUGGAGAAAAGGGUGAUCUUGGACCUAAAGGACCUGCUGGUUUGUCCGGUCCGCCUGGAAGACCUGGAAUGGAUGGAGUGAGAGGUUUGCCCGGCGAGAAAGGAGAAGCAGGAGCGACUGGAAUGAUUGGUAUGCCAGGUGUAAAAGGUGAACGUGGAGAGCCUGGUGUUGAUGGUGCUAAAGGUUACCAAGGUCACAAAGGUUUGUCAGGUUUACGAGGACCACCUGGACAAGCAGGUCCAAGUGGAUUACGAGGUGAAAAGGGUGAAAGAGGUUUGCCAGGAUUGGAUGGUCCACCUGGUGUUGAUGGUCCAUUAGGUCAUCCAGGUGUAUCAGGACUGAAAGGUGAUAUUGGCCCACCAGGACCAGCUGGUUUGGAUGGCUUGCCUGGACGAAAUGCAGAAAAAGGUGAAAGAGGAUUGCCUGGACCAGUCGGACCUAAAGGAGAAGCUGGAAAUGUAUCUGAAAAAGGACAGAAAGGUGAACCUGGUGUUCCAGGAUUAAGAGGAGCCGAUGGUUUAGAUGGAUUACCUGGACCGCUUGGGCCGAAAGGUGAUGCUGGUAUUCCUGGCUAUGGACGUCAAGGUCCAAUUGGACAAAAAGGUGAACCUGGUAUCGAUGGAAGAGAUGGUUUGAUGGGAUUACAGGGUGAAAAAGGAGACCGCGGUAGUACUGGAUUGAGAGGACUAAAAGGUGAUAAGGGACAAGUUGGAAGACCAGGAACUCCAGGACAGCCAGGUAUGGAUGGUGCACGAGGCGUUGAUGGUCCACCUGGAUUGCGUGGUUUUGAUGGUGCACCUGGACUAAAGGGAGAAAGGGGAAUGGUUGGUCUUGAAGGAUUGAAAGGCGACCAAGGUCCAGCUGGAAGAUAUGGUUUGCAAGGUCCAGCAGGACCAAAAGGUGAUCGCGGUUUUACUGGUGAACCUGGCACACCGGGACCUUUGAUUGAAAUUAAAGGACAAAAAGGUGAGCCUGGAGUGUUUGGACUUGUGGGACUUACCGGCGAACCAGGUUUAGUUGGUCCGCGUGGUGAACCUGGUCUAGAUGGUAUCAAGGGAAAUCAAGGAUUAAGUGGUCCACGUGGAUUACCUGGAAUGAAUGGAUUACCAGGACCAAAAGGAGAUCGUGGAUUGCCUGGCGAUGUUGGUGAGACGGGUCCAGUUGUUAAAGGUGAAAAAGGUUUGCCUGGACGACCCGGAAAGCAUGGACGAAAUGGACCGAUGGGAUUGAUUGGAUUGAAGGGAGACAAGGGUUUGCCAGGAUUGUCUGGUGAAACAGGUCUGCGCGGUCUUCCAGGUCCACAAGGUCGACAAGGUGAAAAGGGAGAUCGUGGAUUAACUGGUGCUCCUGGAUUCGAUGGAGCCGAUGGUAGACCUGGAGCUCCUGGACCAGUGGGUGAAAGAGGUUUCCAAGGUGAACGUGGUGAACCUGGACCAGCGGGCUAUGAAGGACAAAAGGGAGAACGUGGUCUUUCUGGUUUACCUGGACCAGCAGGUUUGAACGGACAACCGGGACCUAAAGGUAAUGUCGGACAACCUGGAUUCGAUGGUCCACCUGGACCAAUUGGUUUGAUCGGAGAAAAGGGCAAUCCUGGUCUUCGUGGUCGAGACGGUAGAGAUGGUUUCUCAGGAGAAAAGGGUGACAAAGGAGAACCCGGAUUAGUUUCACCACCUGGACCACCAGGUUUGCCUGGACAACCUGGACGCGAUGGUAUAAAGGGAGAUCGUGGUUUGCCGGGACCACCUGGAGUUGAGGGUCCACCUGGUUUACGCGGAGAAACUGGAUUAACAGGUUUAAGAGGUCUUGAAGGACAAAGAGGAUCGCCAGGUCUACGAGGAGAAAUUGGUUUCCAAGGAACCCCUGGUCUCGAUGGACAGCCUGGACAACCGGGACCGAAAGGAGAUCAAGGUUUACCUUGCACUCAAGCUCCUGAUUAUCUUACGGGCAUUUUGCUAGUCAAACAUAGUCAAUCGGAAGAAGUUCCCAGAUGCGAAGCCGGUCACAUUAAAUUAUGGGAUGGUUACUCAUUGCUGUACGUCGAUGGAAACGACUAUCCACACAAUCAAGAUUUAGGUUCACCCGGAUCCUGUGUACGAAGAUUCUCCACACAACCUGUACUGGUCUGUAGCCAAAAUAAUGUAUGCAACUAUGCAUCACGAAACGAUCGAUCAUUCUGGCUGUCCACAUCAGCCGCUAUUCCAAUGAUGCCUGUUCAAGAAGAGGAGAUCCGACAACACAUUUCCAGAUGUGUUGUAUGCGAAGUACCAUCAAACGUAAUUGCCGUACACAGUCAGUCGAAUGCAAUUCCAGACUGUCCACGAGGCUGGGACUCACUAUGGAUCGGUUACAGUUUCUUAAUGCACGUUGCUGUCGGUAAUGGUGGUGGUGGACAAGCACUAUCCGGACCAGGUUCAUGUCUCGAAGACUUCCGUGCAACGCCAUUUAUUGAAUGUAAUGGUGACAAAGGACAUUGUCAUUACUAUGACACGCAGACUAGUUUCUGGUUGGUGACACUAGACGAUUCACAACAGUUCUCCAGACCCGAACAACAAACACUAAAAUCGGGCAAUUUAUUAACUAGAGUAUCACGGUGCCAAGUUUGUAUAAGAAAUUAAAACGAAAAAAGAAAGAUUUUGUAUAAAAUAUUGGAUAGGUUUUUGUAUUAUCUUGUUGUUUUUUUACCAAUCUCAAAAUACAGAACGUUCAACUUGCUGAACGUUCUGAUGUGUUCAUUAUACCAAAAAUAAAUAAAAUGAAGAAGAAAAAUUGCUCUUAGCUGCCUUAAAAAACCAUUUGUAACGAAAAACAUUGUAAUUAAAAUUAAUUAUUUUUGUAAAACUAGAAUUUCUUGCAGUUUUGUUUCUUUAAUUUUUUUUCGAGUUAAACGCUCAAACCAACAAAGCCAACAAUCGCAGGCUAGAGUAAUUUUCAAUUGAACAUAAUUCUACACCUAAAUUGUUUAGAUCCUGGGAUUUUGGAAACGAAUGGACAAACAAGAAGUUUACAAAUUUUUCCUAUUUCUUGCGACAGUACACAUGAACAGCAAAAUUAUGAAUAUGAAAAACAAAUCAGAAUAACAACUUAAUGUGAUACGUGUAUAAAAAGAAAUGAAUCUAAUAAAAUAUAUGAAACAAAAAAAAACAUUUUGCCGACAGUUUUCACCUCCAAAAAAUCAGAUUUUUAUUUCGUUGUUGGAAUAAACCCAAGUUUUGUCUUAGCUUUAAAUUAAAAUUUAAAAAAAAAAUCAACUCGUUUCUCCUAUACCGAUAUCAACGGCUUAGUUAAUUUAAUUCUUUUUUGUUUUGUUAAAGUCGACAAUAAAUAAAUACCAAAAGUGCCAUUGUUGAAAGCAAUUAAAAACUGCAGCACGAAUAUUAAAUAUUUUUAAAAUAUGAUGUCGUCACGACGCUUUUUUAAUUGUUUUCGUUUAGGAAAUAGAAGAAAUUAAUCGAUAAAAAUUAUUUUUCUUUUGUAAUUUGCUAAUAGAUUUUCUGUCUAUCUCUCCUUUUAUUAUACGUUUCCGAUAAAAAAAAAAUUAAUCUAUUUUCCGACGAAGCAGUUCUAUUAAGUAAAUGUAUAUUCCUUUUAAAAGUUAAACAUAAACAGAAAAAUUAAA